UAUAACUUUAUUAAGCAAAUAAAAAGUAACAAAAUAAAUAAAUAAAAAAUUCUUUUCAAUUUCGUGUUUGAUUUUUAAGCUGACAUCAAGUCUUAAGGAUGCCAGAGGUGCAGGAGCGUCGGAAAUACAGACGAACUCUGAUGUGUCUGCUGCGAUGCUUCUUGUCAGUUGCGUACCUAUGGCUAAUGCUCCAGGCGGCGGCCGUGGUGCCGCUAGUCAGGGAGAAGCACAAGUGGUUCCUCUGGUUGCGGUAUCUAAAUUUUUUGGUAACCUACUCUUCGCUGCUGACCUUCGAUGUGCGCACACAGGGCUACGUGGUCUUCGUUAUACUCAUGAUGCUGUUCCGGAUCUAUCAGUGCUCGCGCUGCAACUUCUGCAAUCCGAGCGACGAGGUGCAGGGAGAGCGGGUGCCCAUGAAUAAGCGCAUGUUCGUAUACUUCGGACCCUACCUGCUGAUGUUUAUCAGCUGCUGGCUGGCUAGCAUGUACAGCUUGGUUUGCAGCCUUAUCCAAGUGACGCGCAAUGUGGACGACAUACAGCCGGAUAAUAUAUGCAAGAUAAUCAUGACCAUCCUCUUUAAGCUGUUGAUCAUGUCCAAUGCAAUUACGCGCUGCAUUCGCGCCACUGUCUUGCUCCAGAUAUUUUUCGACGAGCCCGGGGAGGAGCUGCACAACACCCACAAUCUGGGCGAGCAUUUUAGCCUGUUCUUUCUAAACUAAUUUUAAACAAAGCUACUUUUCGGUCUGUGUUUUA